AUGCGACCCGCUGGAAACGGCUCCCGCGACCUCGGCUGUCUCGGCGCUCCCUGCCCGCCUCCCCUUGUCAAACAAAAGAGAAGCACUGAAGGACCUCCGCUAACUCUUGUCAGAGCUGUCACGCACUCCGCCGACGCCUCCGUCUUGACAAGCGGUUGGUUGAAGUACCCGCCGAGACCUGUCGCCCUGCACCCCCCCGUCACCCUCCACCAUCAUUACCUCCUUAUUUUAUAUGCUGAUUUAUUUCCUGCUCCGUCUCUCCUCCUUUUCCAACUCCUCUCAAAGCUUCAAACAAAGGUUCCUCACCCUCCCAAACGCCUGCAAAUACAAUUCAAGAGUCCUGACCCAGAUUCUGGAGCUUCCUGCGUGACCCCAACGCCGAAGAUUCGACCAUUUCUGCACACAGACGAUAAGGAUGAGAAGGACGAGGAAGAGUCGCCACAGCAGAGAGAUUUCCAGAGUCGCUCUGAGACCUGCUCUGGGGCCCAGAGGGGCCCCAACGAGGCUUUUGAUAUUCACACCAUCAUACGCACACACUCAUAG